AUGGAGAAAAUGGGCGCGAGGCCCGACAGCACGCUUUUGCCCCGAGCCGACGGAGCGGCACCGGCGCGAGCUGCGUGCAGACUGGAGGAGGAGGAGGGAGAGGAGAAGGACGAGGAGGAGGGGGAGGAAAUGGAGGAGGCCGGAUCUGCCGUCAGCCCUCGUUCGACGACUCCGACGGGUGUGUUCUGCAGAGGGUGCGCCUCGCAACCCGCGCCCUUGGGGAGCGGGCGAGGACCUGGACAGAGACCUCUGCCGCGCUCCGACGAGGGCUCGCCAAAUGCGUGGCGCAACGUGGGGACCUCCUCAACUAGCCCGAGGCAUGCGCGCGCGGGCGAAGGGGGGAGGCCCGGGGACGUAUUGGAAGAAGACGAAGAAGAAGACAAAGCAGAAGAAGAAGAAGAACAACAACAAUAA